AUGCGCUUCAACUCCAUCACGGGAGCCGUGGUCGCGGCAGCCGUCGCCGUCCAGGCCCGGGAACUCCCCAAGGAUGAAGACCGCGCUGCCGAACUUUACGACUCGGGUGUGAUCCACGACAGACUCAUGGCCAAGAAAAUCUCGCACUGGGAAGCAGAAGAAGCCGUUGGUCUCAUGGACUCUUCCGUUUGGCCCAGACUCGGCUACACCAAGUGCGUCGAUGGCUAUGCCGAGGCUCUUCCCGACAGCCCUCUGCACAAGUUCCAGUGCAAGAACAUGGACCUUUACGAUUUCAUCAACCACGCCACCCUCGGAUCCCCAAACACUGACUACCGUGGCAAGAGUGGCAGCUCUUCCUGGGGUUGGACCGACCCUGACUCUGGCCGCGAGUUCAUCGUCAGCGGCAUGUUCGACGGUUGUGCUUUCAUCGAGAUCCUCCCCGAGGGCAAGAUGCUGAAUUUAGGUUUCCUCCCUACAUACUCGCCCGUUGGCGACCGAGCCUACUGGCACGAGAUCCGCCCUUACAAGAACUACAUGCUCAUCGGAAGUGAGCUCGAAGGACACGGUAUCCAAAUCUUCGACAUGACAAAGCUUCUCGACAUCGACGCCACCGAAGCCCCCAUUCUCUUCUCGAACGACAAUGAUCUCACGGGCCAUUUCAUCGAGACUCUACCGUUGGGUCGCAGCCACAAUGUGGUUGUCAACGAAGAGGCCAAGUACGCCGUCGCAGUCGGCGUGCAGCCCAGAAACGAGAGCUGCAUGGGUGGUCUGUACUUUUUCAGUCUUGAAGACCCUAGCAACCCCGUUGCUCUUGGCUGCGAUGGCCAGGAUGGCUAUGUUCACGAUGCCCAAUGCCUCAUCUACCGAGGCCCGGAUGAGAAGUACCAAGGCCGCGAUAUUUGCUACGGAUAUAACGAAGACACGUUGACUAUCUACGAUGUUUCCGACAAGAAGGACUCCAAGAUCAUCUCCCGUACUUCAUACGAGGGCGCCACCUUCACCCACCAGGGCUGGGUCAACGAUGUGAACUGGCAAGAAUGGCUCUUCAUGGAUGACGAGUACGACGAAGAUGAGCUGGCCGGACCUGCCGCGGACGGUUACCCGGUCACCUACAUCUGGAACAUCAAGAGCCUUGAGAAGCCCCUGCAGGUUGGUCUUUUCAAGCACAACGUCAAGGGAAUCGACCACAACCAGUACGUCGUCGGGGAUCUCCUCGUCCAAUCCAACUACGGUGCCGGUGUCCGCGUCUGGGAUAUCUCGUCUGUCCCGGAAGACCCCACCGGCAACGGCGUGUGCGAGAUCGCCUACUUCGAUAUCUACCCCGAGGACGACUCGCUGCCUGGAGGCGGUGCCAUCCAGUUCUCCGGUACCUGGUCCUCUUACGCGUACUUCAAGUCCGGCUUCAUCUUUGUGAACACCAUUGAGCGUGGUGCCUACUUGGUGAAGAUGACGAAGAAGGAAGCUUGCAAGCCAAAGACUUGCAACGCCGACAACUGCCUGCGGGCCCUGAGGGCUUCUAGCGUUCCUGGUCGGCUGGAAGAGUCCCAGAAGUUCUGCGACGAGUUCACGAAGACGGUCAUUGCGGAUGUUACUGUGGUGCCUGAGUACGCUGCCGAGGCAUGCCCGACGAAUGUGAUCUCGAGGGUCAGCUCCGCAUGCUCAUGCUUGCCCACUCCCACUGCCUAG